AGUUUCUGUUGACCAAUCAGCGUUCAGUGUGGAGGACAACAGGAGCAUUAUUACCUGAACAGGUACACGAGCACUUGUGUGAGGAACUCUGAAGCUCCUUUGUGGAGUGUGUGUGUGUGUGUGUGUGUGUGUGAGAGAGAGGACAGUCCGUCGCCGCAAUAAGGUUAGGGACAAAACACACACCAUGGAGACUAGAGGAGUUGUGUUUCUCUGUGUGACCUGCCUCAGUCUGUUUACAGGCGCGCGUGGCGGUAAAAAGGACAUUUACGCAAAAAUUGUGGAUUUAGUGUCUCCAGGUGAAGAGUUCCUCACGGAGGAUGCGCUUCUCUCGGUGUUUGAACUGCUGGAGAACCGCGUGCAGUGCUCCGGUGUGUCGUGUGGAAAGUGCAUGUCUGUUGAACAUCUGCACCAGUUGUUGAGUAAUUACAGCAGCUCACAGGGGCUACAAAUGGAGGAUUUCUUCACAGUGGCCCCUGGAUGCUGUCUGUUCCUGAGCUCUCCGCUGGAGACCUGUGGGGCCAUACGGGAGGGCCGCUGGGGUAAGGAGACCCAUCACUUCAUCCAAAUGAUUUUAGGCCACGACAACACCACCAGCAGUCUUAAUGAGAUCAGUGCCACAGAAUAUGAGGGUUUGGAGCAGCUGUUUGAUGAGAUGGAAAAAUACUAUCAGCCAGACACACAUGAGUCCUGUCUUUCACUAAAAGACAUCCUGGAAGAGAGCGGUGAUCAUCACUUAGAGCUGGAUGCUGUUUUUGCAAAUAUCCUCUAUCAUGCUUUGCGUGGAGACUGUAUGAGAUCACUUGUCCUUCCUGAGCAAGAGUACUUUCUGGAUUACAUCUUCAGCCAUUUUGCCUCUGAUAAUCUUACACUUCAUGAUUUUGAAGAGCUUCUGAAGGCACUAAACCUGGGCGGAGAGGAACACGACCAUGAUGAUGCCCACACUGAGGAUGAAGCCCACCGCAGCGGACCGACCCCCAGACAAAGUCAUCAGGACGAUCACCAUAGCAACAGCAGCUGGGACACGAUGUGUUUUAGCGCUGAAGACCUUCUGAGGAUCUACCAGCUGAACUCUUCAUCGCUGACCAGAGAUCAGUUCACACAGCUCAGUCCUGCUCUGAUUCAGCAGAUCCUCAGUGGAAGCUGUUCUGAGAUCACUUUCACCCACAUGACCCCUGAUUCUCUGAGCACCGCUGAGAGAUAUGGAUAUGCCACUCUCGCCAACAUUAUCGUCUGUCUGAUGGCCAUGUUUGGGAUCGUGGUGCUGCUGUUCUCCAGGUGCACGCAAGUGUUUCAGAUGUGCAUCCAGUUCUGCAUCAGUCUGGCUGUAGGAUCCCUCACGGGUGACGCUCUUCUGCAUCUACUUCCUAUGUUCUUAGGUCUUCAUGCGCAUGAAGAAAGACACAGUCAUGAGGAAGAGAACCUCGACUAUAUUUACAAGCCCCUGGUGGUCAUUGGGGGCAUCUAUGUUUUCUUUCUGAUGGAAACCAUCUUCGCCAUCAUCACUCGACAUGGUCAUCAUCAUGAUGGAGAGUCUGACCCUCAUAACCACAGCAAAGUUCUGCAGAUGUUCCAGAGCAGGAGAACACAGCGAAACAACGACUCCACCUCACAGGACGAGCUGGUGGAUGAGCAAAACAACGAGAAGUCCCUCCUGGAGCCGAUUAGCAGCACUCGAGGGAAGCGUCUGCUGCCGUUUAUGAUCACCAUUGGUGACGGGAUUCAUAACUUUGCGGACGGUCUGGCCAUGGGUGCUGCGUUCUCCGUGUCGUGGCGUUCAGGACUGGCGACGUCGCUGGCCGUUUUGUGUCACGAGCUGCCACACGAGUUAGGUGAUUUUGCGAUCCUGUUGCACUGCGGUCUGUCGGUGAGAAAGGCUCUGCUGCUGAACGUGGGCAGCGCUCUCACCUCCUUCAUCGGCCUGUACGUCGCACUGUCCGUCUCCACUCAAAGCAUCACCGAGGAGUGGAUUUGUGCCGUCACCGCCGGCUUCUUCCUCUACAUCGGCCUCGCAGACAUGCUUCCAUCUAUGAUUCAUGUGGACAGUAAAAAGCCGUGGCUGAUAUUUCUGCUGCAGAAUCUGGGCCUGUUGACUGGAUGGGGGAUUUUAUUACUCCUGUCUUUAUAUGAAGAUCAGAUAGGAAUCUAAGAAAUGAUGCAGGAUCGUACUUGUGCAUUAUCAUAUUUUCUUCCUUGAACAUGUUUAUGUGAUUGUCAUUUAAACAGUGGAAAUAUAAGCACAAUUCAGUGCUGCCAUGCUUUGAAAUGGAAUAUUUUUAAAACCUUGUUUUUAUUUUUAAUACUUCAUUUUUUAUUGGGAACAGAAUUACUAGAAUUGCAUAUUUGUUAAGAUUAUUUUCAAGAAUAUUAUUGUAAUACUUUUUAAAACACCACUCACAUUUUCUUCAGAUUUUCACAUUUAAGUCUAAUUAGAAAUAACCAUUUACAACCGAUAAAUCAGCCAUGCAAAUCACUUUAUUUACAGUAGAUAAAUGACUUUUUAUGGCCAUCCGCACUUUCUCAUAAGACUCCUGUCCUUCAAUUUAAAUGCAUUUUUAACUAGUUAAUUGUAAUCUGUAAAAGUUGUUUCUGUGUUGUAUUGUAACAAGGAAAUUGGGUUAAAAACGUACUAUAAGAUACACUUGAUAUAUGGAUUUUACUGAUUCAUGAAAUUCUGCUAAUAUGAAGUGAGU